AUGGCCGCUGUCCAGGGAGCUAUUUCGAAGCGCCGCAAGUUCGUCGCCGACGGUGUCUUCUAUGCCGAGUUGAACGAGUUCUUCCAGCGCGAGCUGGCUGAGGAGGGCUACUCUGGUGUUGAAGUCCGUGUCACUCCCACCGUCACCGACAUCAUCAUCCGUGCCACCCACACGCAGGAGGUUCUCGGUGAGCAGGGUCGCCGCAUCCGUGAGCUCACCUCCCUCAUCCAGAAGCGCUUCAAGUUCCCCGAGAACUCCGUCUCCCUCUAUGCCGCCAAGGUCCAGAACCGCGGUCUGUCCGCCGUCGCUCAGUGCGAGUCCCUCCGCUACAAGCUCCUCAACGGUCUGGCCGUCCGCAGAGCCUGCUACGGUGUCCUGAGAUUCAUCAUGGAGAGCGGUGCCAAGGGUUGUGAGGUUGUCGUUUCCGGAAAGCUGCGUGCUGCCCGUGCCAAGUCCAUGAAGUUCACGGACGGUUUCAUGAUCCACUCCGGUCAGCCCGCCAAGGAGUUCAUUGACAGCGCCACCCGUCACGUCCUUCUCCGCCAGGGUGUUCUUGGUAUCAAGGUCAAGAUCAUGCGCGGCUCCGACCCCGAGGGCAAGGCCGGUCCUCAGAAGACCCUCCCUGACUCCGUCACCAUCAUCGAGCCCAAGGAGGAGCAGCCCGUCCUGCAGCCCAUGAGCCAGGACUACGGUGCCAAGGCUCUCGCCGCUCAGCAGCUCGCCGAGCAGCAGCGACUUGCUGAGCAGCAGGCCGCUGAAGGCCAGGAGGGUGCCGGUGCGGAGGCUUAUGCCCAGGAGUAA